GUUUUUAAUUCCUCCCACCGACAGCCUUCUGCCGAAGACGACCCGCUUCUAACGGGCUUGGUUACAGGUGUGCUGCUGCUGGCCCUCGGUUCACUAUGGCCCAGAACCAAGUGAUCCUGCAGUUCCGCUUCUCCACAUUUGGGGACUCCAUGCUGCAGAAGAUGAACCUCCUGCGACACCAGAAACGCUUCUGCGAUGUCAGCGUGUGCAUCAACCAGCUGGAGGUCCCUGGUCACAAGGUAGUGUUUGCAGCCGGCUCCUCUUUCUUGAGGGACCAGUUCAUCCUUCAGCAGGACUCCAAGGAGGUCCAGAUCUCCAUGAUCCAGGAGGCGGAGGUGGGCCGGCAGCUGCUGCUGUCUUGCUACACAGGUCAGCUGGAGUUUCCUGAGCUGGAGCUUGUAAAUUACCUGACGGUGGCCAGCUUCCUCCAAAUGGGCCACAUUGUGGAGCAGUGCACUCAAGCUCUCAGCAAGUUCAUCAAACCUCAGUCUGCACGCAAGCUGGAGGCGGAUGUGGGUCUGACGAGGGAGAAGAAAGACGACGGAUUAGCCUUCCAGGCCCAGAGAAAGCAAGAGCGCUCUCAGGUUCAGACUGUUCAUGAGGAGGAGGUGAUGCCGGUUGGGAGCAACAACAAUGGCAGCGACGUGGACGAUGUAGAUGAUGGCAGCGAUGAUGACGACGAAGAAGAUGUGAUCAUACAGCCGACAUCCCCUCUUCAGAUCUUAAGCAAAUGUCCAAAGCAGGGCGUGGUGGAGAGUGACAUCACGAUAGUAAAAGUGGAGUCUGUGUCUGACGUAGCAGAAAACUCCAUCACUAGUAACCUCCUCACCAGUCCUGCUCCUCCUACACUCCACUCUCCUGAGCCCCAGCACUCUCUCAUCAACUCCACGGUGGACAGUCGUGGCAGUGAGAUGGCGGUUCCAUGCGGCCCGGCCAGAUACCCGCUCAGUCCCCCUCCUGCAGAGAAGCACGGUGUGCACCAGAGGAACUACGACAAACCUCUGCAGUGGUACCACCAGUGCCCCAAGUGCUCCCGGGUCUUCCGCCAGCUGGAAAACUACGCCAACCACCUCAAGAUGCACAAGCUGUUCAUGUGCCUGCUGUGCGGAAAGACCUUCACGCAGAAGGGCAACCUGCACCGACAUAUGCGCGUCCAUGCCGGCAUCAAGCCCUUCCAGUGUAAAAUCUGUGGUAAGACCUUCACCCAAAAGUGUUCUUUGCUGGAUCACUUAAACCUGCACAGUGGGGAUAAGCCCCACCGCUGCAACUACUGUGACAUGGUUUUCGCUCACAAGCCAGUUCUCCGCAAGCACCUCAAACAGAUCCACGGGAAGAACAGCUUUGACAACGCAAACGAAGGCCACCUGCACGACGGAGUGCUGGACUUUGAUUUUGGACAAAUGAAAUCUGCGGACCUUUUUUAGUAGCUGUUGAAUGGCAUCGGUUGUUUAAAUUAAAUUAAAUAACAUAGAUUAUGUAUAGCCCAUGUAUCACAAAUGACACAUUUGCCUCGGCGGGCUUUAUAACCUGUACACAUACGUCAUCCUCUGUCCCGGGGCCCUCACAUCAGUUCAGGGAAACCCCCCCCCCCCCUAAAAAAUACCUUAAAGGGGAGAAAAAUAAGGAAUCACUCUUCGUGAGAGCCACAGAGGAGGAUCCCUCUCCCCGGAUGGACAGAAGUGCAAUAGAUGUCAUGUGUACAGUCUAAACGUCA